GUGAUGACGCCGCCGCCAUGUUUGUUAUAGUUUCGGAGGGAUGACGAGUGUACGCGACGGCGUCGCGAUUUGAAUCGGACGCGUGUGAGGGCCGUGCCGCGUACGUCCGUGCGUGCCGGCGUACGAGUGCGUGGCCACCGCUGACUCGCGCGAACAUGGACACUUAACAAUCCUGCUGAAAUGUGGUUGAGAAGUGAACGAAUCAGUAGAAGAUUGCGGGGCCGUUUAAAUUUGAGCGGUGUAACGGCAUCGAAGGCAACCGGUCAUCGAGCUCAAGUUGGCGCAACACGGAAACUACCGCAUAUUGGUAAUAGUAGCCGAGUGAUAACGUCAAGCAGAUGCAGUAGAUUAAGCCAGUGGCGGCGUAGAUCAUCCAGUUUUUUAAAAGAGGUUUGUAAGGAGAAUGUUUUACACUUUGCCAAAUCCACGCCCAUCAGACGAGAGAGGGGACCUCGCAGGAGAAAAUGUAUAAAACGGUCAAUGGUUACGUCGACACCUUUGCAUCGUGCUCCUCCGCCAAUAGAUGCAACCAUUCCUGUAAAGAACGCAUCGCCGUCUAAAGUCUCUGAAGAGUCGAAAGAGAACUGGAAUGGUGGAUCUGCGUUGCCGUUGUGUCCGCCAGUGACGAGUACGGACCUGCGCGGUUCAAUGAUACCACCGACACAUGACACGAAAUCUUCCAUACCCGGUGCGUCCUCGCUGACCUGUCUAAUGCCUCCGGUAUCCUUGGGACCGCAUUCGGACUUCACGUGCUUGCUGGAUGAUGAAGGAAGCAAGAGCAACGAUACCACGUUACCGUCAUCGCUACACUACUCGUCGCUAUACUCGGCGCAUGGCGAAACGUCCACGGAAUACUAUAGUCUGAUGCACACAACGUCGCUGUACAACAGUCGCACGGCAACGUACAACACCCCCGACAACAACAAGUAUUUCCCGAACGGCGGGAAGUACUCGCUUAUCGAUAACAAUGAAAACCGCAGCGAUCUCCCGAAAGAUCAAUAUGCUAUUGAAACAGACCCAACAAAAUAUGAAACGACUGCUGGAUAUCCCAGCGCAAAGUACAGUGCACCAGCAAGUAUGUACAAUAUAAAUGCUCAUCAUCCGUCAUCCGAUACGAACGGCAAUCUUAGUAACAAAUAUGAUUCCGAGGACGUUGGCCGUCGUUAUCACGAGGUUGAAUACAUGGAGGUGGGUAGCGAGGAGAUAGUAGAGUCUUGCGAUGUAGAGAACAUGGUUACUCAAGUUCAGGAGGACUGGGAGCCGUUCGAUCCGUAUGUCUUCAUCAAGCAUUUGCCGCCGCUCACGCCGGCGAUGAGGGCCAGGUGCCCGGCGCUGCCGCUGAAAACGCGAAGCAGUCCGGAAUUCAGCCUGGUCCUGGAUCUGGACGAGACGCUGGUCCACUGCAGCUUGCAAGAACUGUCCGACGCGGCGUUCCGCUUCCCGGUGGUCUUUCAGGACGUCACGUACACGGUAUUCGUGAGAACGCGACCGUACUUCCGCGAGUUUCUCGAGCACGUCUCCUCGCUGUACGAGGUGAUCCUCUUCACGGCGAGCAAACGGGUGUACGCCAACAAGCUGAUGAAUCUGCUGGACCCGACCCGAAAGCUGAUCAAGUAUCGUCUAUUCAGGGAACACUGCGUCUGCGUCAACGGGAAUUACAUAAAAGAUCUAUCCAUCUUGGGCAGAGAUCUCUCCAAGACUGUAAUUAUCGACAACAGUCCACAAGCAUUUGGCUAUCAGUUAGAAAAUGGCAUACCUAUAGAAAGCUGGUUUGCCGAUCGUUCGGAUAAUGAGCUAAUGAAGUUGUUACCGUUCCUGGAAAACCUGGUAAAUUGGGGGGGUGACGUGAGGCCACACAUUAGAGAACAAUUUCGGCUAUUCAGCUUUUUACCACCGGAUUAAUUUAGUAGCGUGCACAAAAUUUAAACGUUGCCCGAGUUGUCAACCCUCAGUCAACGAAAAAAAAAGAAGAUACAAAAUAUCUAAUGAAAAUAUGAGAUAGAUAAAUAAUAGAAUUAUUCCGCAAAGCGUAGAAUAAACCGCGAUAAUAUUACAUACUUUACAAUGUUUCACAAAUGAAUAUGCCUGUUGGUAUAUAGAGAUGAACUAAUGGUGAAUUCGAUUGGAUGCACUAGUGCGCACUGAGUGCAUACUAAGGCUUGGUUACAACCAAUUUUUAUAAGAAGAAACAUAAGAAUAUAAAUAUAAAAAUUGACUAUAAACAAGCCUUGGUGUGCACUCAGUGCACACUCUAGUGCAUCCAAUCGAAUUCGCCAUAAAUAAUUCUAGAUUCGAGAAGAGAAAGAGAGAGAUAUUACUGUUCUGCUCCACUCAUUGUUCGAAACGAUAUCGGCGAGCGAGUGCCCAGCGUGCGCACGUGCGAUUUCGUUAGUUUAUUUAUGCAGACGUAAAAAUCGACAGAAAUAAGAAACAGUUGUGGAAAAAAUUUUACGUAUACCGGUGAGCAUAAUAGUCUUGCGAUUUGCUAUAUAGUUUCCAUUGAUAUAACUUCCAUGAAUGAGUACCAAGUCUCUCCAUGACGUGAUCAUAUUAUAUACCUUUGUAUAUAAUAGGCCUCAUAUAUUAUUACCUUACGUACAAAACAUUAUUUCCUUACUUAUUUUCGUAUUUUAUAUUCAACGUGCUUCGAACGAUAUUCGCGCGCGUGAAAUAAAUAAUUUCACCAUGUUUCUCACUUGUGUAAAACGUAUGAUCUCAAUUAAUUUAUCUUGCUAUUUGAAUAUUUUUUUUUCUUUUAUUUUGAAAGUUUUCCGAUAUCAGAUGAUUCGCUGGACCGACUCCCUGAUCCGACUGUGAAUCGCAGUUGUUUAUUGUCAUCAUGAUUCUUAAAUCUAUAUUUAGAUUAUUGCAAUUUUUGAGAAGAAAGAUAUAUGCAAAGAUGUUAUGAAUAUCUAUCAAUAAUUGUAUAAUUAUACGUACGUGUAUCGUAUAAUUAUGUAAUUAUACGCGACUACACACGUGUUACAUUAUAAACCUGUGUAUAAUUCAUUAGUGUAAGGAACAUAGACCGAAUUCAGUAUCAAAAAAAA